AUGUCAACGGUACGGGAGAAUAAUACAGACGACCCCGUCAACACAGGCGGGGACGUAAGAGGCGAUUUGAGCGAUAAUUCAUCCGACGACAUCCUUCUGGUUCUACAACGCAGCUUCAAUCAAUUCCACAAUUUCGCCACCACAUUCGCUGCCCUUUACUUCAUCGGCGGCGUGCGCGUUACUUUCUCAACCGGCAUCGCAGCAGGUGGUAAUCUGGCAUACUGGACGAGUUACAUCGUGACGUGUGUCUUCACGUUCAUAACCGCCGCAGUAAUUGCCGAGAUCUGCUCUUCCCUACCUUUAGCUGGGUCCAUCUAUCUCUGGGCUGCUGAAGCCGGCGGCCCUCGCUUUGGUCGAUUGUUUGGGUUUGUCGUUGCUUGGUGGUCUACCACUGCUUGGACGACCUUUUGCGCCAGUAACACGCAAGCUGCUGUGAAUUACAUGCUCUCGGAAAUCGUGGUGUUCAACACAAACUUUCCCUCCGACUCAUCAAGCAUCAAGUUUCGAGCCGUACAAUGGAUCCUUACAGAAAUCAUGCUCGCGUUAGCCUGCAUCUGGAAUUUGCUUCCCCCUCGGUACUUCAGGUGGAUCUUCGCGCUCUCUAGUAGCAUUGUUGUUCUUGACUUUCUCCUCAACCUGAUCUGGCUCCCUAUUGCCACGAGCAACACUCUUGGCUUUAGAUCAGCACACGAUGCGUUCAUGACGACGUAUAACGGCACUGGGGCCCCGCCUGGUUGGAAUUGGUGUCUUUCCUACCUUGCUACUGCUGGCGUCUUGAUUGGUUUUGAUGCCUCGGGACAUGUAGCUGAAGAGACCAAGAACGCCUCGGUUGCAGCGGCCAGGGGCAUUUUCUGGAGUACUGUUGUCAGUGGUAUUGGCGGUUUUGCGGUCGUCAUUCUCUUCUUGUUCUGCGUGCCAGAUGCGACAACGCUCUUCUCUUAUGGUGGUCCACAACCUUUUGUGUCAGUGUAUGCUGCGAUCCUCGGGGAGGGUGGACACAUCGUAAUGAACAUUGUGUGCAUACUGGCACUUUGGUUUAACACCGCCAUCGCAGUUACUGCAGCGUCUAGACUGGUCUUUGCCGUGGCAAGAGACGGAGUUCUGCCUUGGUCUGGCUGGGUCUCCAAGGUAGAAGCAGGUCAGCCUCGCAACGCUGUAUUAGUCGUCUGGGGAGUCGCCUCUAUCAUAACCUGCACCAUUCUUCCAUCAGCGGUAGCAUUCACCUCUCUGGUAUCUGCCGCCGGCGUACCCUCGGCAGCUGCAUACGGUCUAAUCUCCCUUGCACGACUCUUCCUGACACCCAAAAACUUCCCCAAGCCAGCAUGGAGCUUAGGACGGCUCAGUAAGCCUUUUCAGGUCAUUGCGGUCUUUUGGAAUGGAUGGGUGGUCGCUGUCUUGUACUCGCCGUACGUCUUCCCAGUCACGGCUGAGUCGCUGAACUACGCGCCCAUCAUAAUGGCGGGCACUACAAUCCUGGCCUUAUUAACUUGGUGGUUUACUCCAGCGGAGAAGUGGUUACCGAGCCAAAGAAUACAGCAGACUUUGGAUGCCGAUGUAAAUACUUAG